CCGCCCUGGAGCUUCAGAUGUCCCAAGUCCCAAGUCUGGUGUGGAACAGCAGUGAGCUCUCCUCCUGGGAAACAUCAUCUUCAUCAUCUUCAUCAUGUAUAAGUCUGAUCCCCCGCCGAGAUAUGAAGAGUCCCAGAGUCAUCCUUAUCCUCAGCAGGAGGGGCAAUACCCUGUUCCUCCACAUUACGGUUUCGCACCCUACACCUUCCCCACUACAGUCUGGCACGGACCAGGAGAACCAGCACCGGGGGCGCUGCCUGUUAUUCCCACAUACACGUCCUCGGGAUCAGCGCCUCCCUCCAACCUGGGUGAGUUUUGUGAAAAUCAAAGUAUCCGCCAUGCGUUCAUCAGAAAGGUUUAUCUUAUUUUGGCGGCACAGCUGUCAUUCACAACCUCCAUCGUAGCCGUGUUCACGUUUGUCGAUCCUGUGCAUGAUUUCGUCGUCGAGUAUCCUGUGAUUCUCUGGCUGUCCUUCGGUGUGUUUUUCCCCGUAUACCUCGUGUUGGUGUGCAGUGAAAACGCCAGGAGACGGUUUCCUGUGAAUCUGGUCCUCCUGUUCAUAUUUACUCUCGCCAUGUCCUAUAUGACAGGAGCAUUAGCGAGUUAUUACGAGACGAAGUCCGUGUUCUUAGCUUUGGGAAUAACAGCGGUGGUGUGUGUCUCCGUCACAGUCUUCAGUUUCCAGACCAAGGUGGACUUCACCUCCUGUACCGGUUUGUUCUGUGUUCUGGCCAUUGUGCUUCUUAUCACAGGCAUCAUCGCAACCAUCGUUCUCUCCUUUCAGUAUAUUCCAUGGCUACACAUGCUUUACGCUGCUCUCGGAGCCAUCAUCUACACUCUGUUCUUGGCAUAUGACACUCAGCUGCUGUUGGGGAACCGGACCCUCAGUCUGAGCCCAGAGGAGUACGUAUUUGGAGCUCUGACCCUCUACACUGACAUCAUCCAGUUGUUCCUCUUCAUGCUGCAGCUCAUCGGUUCCAGAAAUGAAUAAACACAGACACACACACACACACACACACCACACACACACAUUCCUGUAUGACUAGCAGAGUGAGGACCAGGUAAAUGUAAUAUGGAAGUGAGCCCCCCCCUUUCUGCUAUACUUUGAGAAAUGCAUGCUACUUUUCAACACCAGGUGGCGCUCUGAUCACACUGUCCACUCUGGAAAAGUCACAGGUGAAAAAAAAAUGGGGCGCAAUUAAGUGCAUUUCUGUGUAGAUGAAUUUAAACUACCUUUUUUAUUAGAUUUUUUAAAGCAUAAAGUAUUAAAUUAAGGCAAUUUUGAAUAAAUUAAAAGUUAUAUAGUCCUUGGAGAGAGGCUCGCUGUUUGAGGGUCACAGAUUAACACAAUGCCUACACGUAAAUGUUAUG